AUGCUUUGUCUCUUGAUCAUUUUCGGUGCUAUCGGCUGUGUGAAAGCUCUUCCCAGUGCAGCUACUUGUUCCAACUCUCUUCCCAAGCCAAAUGUCCCAGGAGCUAUCGUUACCUCUUUAACUGCAUCAGUAGUCCACAAUUAUGCCGUCAACAUCACUGGUGAAUCAAACAAUUGGCCGGGUCAGAACAUCACUGGUCUCAGCUUCUGUCAAGUCAAUGUUAGCCUGAACCAUCCAGGGACUUCGGACCAUGUCAACAACCAGGUAUGGCUUCCUCUGACCGGGUGGAAUGGCAUCUUCCUCGGCGUGGGAGGCGGAGGAUAUGUUGCUGGAUCCUGGUCAUCGCUGGCACCAGCUGUCCAGCGCGGCUAUGCCGCUGUAUCAACCGAUGCGGGACACGCCCAGAAUAACUCUGGAGACGCCACGUCGUGGGCGCUGGUCAGCGAAGGUGAUGUGAACCAAAACCUCCUCCUUGACUUUGCCUCGAGGUCAGUCCACGACAUGACGGUGCUAGGAAAAGCAGUUGCCACCAGUUUCUACGGGUCUGCACCCAAGUACGCGUAUUGGCAAGGCUGUUCAACAGGCGGCCGACAGGGUCUUAUGGAAGCACAGAUGUACCCGAAUGAUUACGAUGGCAUUGUCGCCGCGGCUCCUGCCAUCAACUGGAAUGAUUUUACUCCAGCUCAGCAGUGGCCGUACACCGUGAUGAAUAAUGAAGGUUAUUCCCCUCCUCAAUGUGAGUUUGACGCUGUCAACGCCGCUGCUGUUGCAGCGUGUGAUCAUCUGGACGGCCUACAAGAUGGUAUCAUUGGGGCUCCUGGACUCUGCAAGUUUGAUCCUUCAAGCCUUGUAGGCAAAAACUAUACGUGCCAUACCGAUGGGACAAGCAGGCGCUUUUCGAGCAAGACUGCGACCGUCGUGAAGAAGAUUUGGCAAGGCCCGACCGCUGCCAAUGGCACCGCACUCUGGUAUGGAAUUCUCCCCGGUACCAAUUUCAGCUCGUUGGCGCCCACCGAGACCUUCACCAAUGGCACGACUGUUGCAGAGCCAUUUGAUAUCUCUGACAGUUGGUUCCGUGACUUCCUGUUCAAGGACGCCAAUUACAACACAUCUAACAUCACUUACUCCGAGUUUCCAGGAUUGAUUCAUCAAUCUCAUGUGGAGUAUGACUCCAUAAUGGGUACAAUGAACGCGAACCUCUCGGCCUUCAAAGCUGCCGGUGGAAAGGCGAUUACAUGGCAAGGUCUGGCUGACAACCUGAUUAUGCCGAAUGGGACCAUGAAUUAUUUUGGCAGAGUCAAGACCUUGGAUCCGAAUGUCACCGACUUCUAUCGCGUCUUCUUUGCUCCUGGCGUGGGACACUGCGGCGGCGGAGGAAGUGGCCCGAUCCCAGACGACGCUCUGAUGGCUUUGAGGAAGUGGGUGGAGAAUGGGACAGCUCCGGAAGUGCUUCCAGGAUCGAGCGGGUAUAAGAUCAAUGGGACUAUUCGGCAUCAGGACUUGUGCCUAUAUCCCCUUGUCUCAAAGUACAGCGGAAAGGGCGAUCCAGCGAAUCCAAAGUCGGAUAAAAACAGGACAUUGUUCCAAGCCUUUGAAUGGUAUCUGCCUGCUCCGCCUAGCGACUGUUCACUUCCAAGUGCGAGCCAUUACGAUACCUUAACAGCUCUCCUUCCACACCUCUCUGCAUUAGGUAUCUCGCACAUCUGGAUCCCUCCAGGAUGCAAAGCCACGUCAGUGCAUGACAACGGAUACGGCAUAUAUGACCUUUGGGAUCUUGGUGAGUUCGAUGCGAAGAACAGUGGCAAACCAGUGUUAUCACCAAGGACGAAAUGGGGCCAUAAGGCGGAGCUAGAGCGAUUCUGUGCAAAGGCAAGGGAACUGGGAAUAGAUAUCCUCUGGGAUGCCGUUCUCAACCAUAAAGCCUCGCCAGACGGGAAAGAAGCUAGUUGGGGUGUCAAGGUAGACCCUCAUGACCGGACGAAGGCCAUCUCUAAACCCUAUGAGCUGGAAACAUGGACGAAGUUCACUUUUCCUGGGCGGGGCACGAAGUACUCCGACAUGAAGUACAAUUGGAAGCAUUUUUCUGGCGUAGACUACGAUUCCCGCAAGAAAGAUCAUGGCAUCUUCAAACUCAUUGGCGAAGGAAAGCGAAGUGACUGGGCACCCGAUGUCAGUAAGGAGUUGGGAAAUUAUGACUAUUUAAUGUUUGCAGAUCUUGAUCAUUCGCAUCCCGCCGUACGGACAGAUAUCUUCAACUGGGGAACUUGGAUUACCGAGCUGCUCAAUCUCGGCGGCUUCCGUCUGGAUGCCAUCAAGCACUACUCUCUAUCUUUUCUCGCGGACUUUCUGACACAUCUUGACACGAAAACAUCUCAUGGAACGAAGUUGUUUUUCGUUGGAGAAUACUGGGACCCCGACCCGGAAGUAUUGACUAAGGUCAUCAAACGAUGCCACGGACGGCUGAACUUGUUCGAUGUUCAGCUGGUGUAUACUUUCAGCGACUUUUCGAAAGGAAGGAAGCAUGAUUUGACCACGAUCUUUGACGGCUCACUGGUACAACGGGACCAUAGCCAUGCAGUGACGUUUGUUGCGAACCAUGACACACAAGAAACCCAGUCACUAGCUGCGCCCGUUGAAGAAUGGUUCAUACCGCUGGCUUACGCGCUAAUUCUCCUUCGCCACAACGGCGGGACCCCUUGUGUCUUCUGGGGAGACGUCUUUGGCAACCACGGCCCACGGCCUCGACUCCCAGCGUGCGGUGGCAAGCUCUCGCGACUCGUCGCGGCGAGGAAGCUCUACGCACAUGGUCCGCAAAGAGACUAUCUCGACUUGCCAGACUGCAUUGGAUGGACCCGACUGGGCCACAAAUCCAAUGCCAACGGAGCGGGUCUCGCUGUUAUCAUGACCAACAGCUGGGACAGGAAGUCUAAGAGGAUGUUUGUGGGUCACAGGCACAUUGGGGAGAGGUGGAGGGACAUUCUCGGCUGGGAAGACAGAGAGGUCGUCAUUGACUCGAAGGGCUUUGGCACAUUCCCUGUCGGGCACAGGUCUGUCGGGGUCUGGACAUGCGACAAGGCCCCCGAUUUUGAGAAGAUCUCCAGAUUCACUUUUCCCAGAUUGGGGCACAGUGCGGCUGCGCCGGAUCCGAGCAUGUUGCCUGUGUAG